GGGAGCCUUGGAGUUCUCGGGGGGGGGGGGGGGGGGGGAGAGGGAAGUCGUCAAACGGAGGCCGAGGGAAAUGAGGCGGAGGCCGCCGAGAAGCGGGGAGCCCCGCCCCUCCGCCAUAGCGGCCUCCCGGUGCCGCCACUUCCUUUACAGCCUCCUGCCCUCCCCUGCCUUCCGGCCGUAGGCCGGGUCGGGCCGGCCCAGCCGGCCCCCUCGGGAGUAGCUCCUGAGCCGCGGCCCUUUUGGGGAGAGGAGGUGCCCACUGCCCGUUUGGGACUGUGUCUGAAAGGAAAGGUUUAGAAUGGGCUUCGGACCCGGCUGGGGCUGGCAGAAGUCACGGAGACUUCCCCACUCUACAGAGGACGUUGUCUUACUCCAAGGGUCCAGGGCUCCAAUUUAGGCUUCCCCGGAGUCUCAGCUAGGGCCUUUGCCUUCCCUAAGCGUACCCAGUUAAGAGCAUGCGCUGUCUUUGGACAAGUAUUGGACUUGGAGUUUGGAGUCCGGGGUAGUUACCCUGGCUCUGGAAGAGCACAUCCCCUUUAGCCCGGUUGAAGGCCGGUGGGAAGACUAUGAGGUUCCAGGAGGGGAAAAGAUGACAUUCUCUUUAAAUAUAGCCUAGGGUGUGUCACUUGACCCCAAUGAGCCUCAGUUUCCACAUCCAUUAAAUGGCGAUGGUAAUUAUACUGGCCUCACAGGGUCUAAUGAGCUCUCUGAUGUAAAAACCAUGGAGAUUUUUAUUUACUCAGUACUUGGCAUAUUUAUCUCACGGGAAAAUACGGUAAAACUAGUUGAUCUGUGUCCUGCCAAUUCAAGAGUCUGAUUUCGCAAAGGGGUUGUUGGGAAGUGAGGGCUUCAACUACCUGAGAGGGACAACUCACUGGCUUUAUUUUGUUUUUACUUGGUUUACCUGUAAGCUAAGUGUAGGUUACAAGCCUCCUGUGGUCGCUGGGGCUAGAGCUUGACUCUGGAGAAAGGAAAAGAAGAAUGGAAGCCUGGUGAAGAGGCAGAGAAGCCUGAGGGAGCUCAGUCCAGGCAGCGACACCCCUGAAUUCCCAGUGGUGAGAGGAUGUGGCCCCUGGACCCGUCCAGGAAAGAGGUGCUGAGGUUUGCAGUCAGCUGCCGCGUCCUGACUCUGGUGCUGCAGGCUCUCUUCAAUGCCAUCAUCCCCGAUCACCGUGCAGAAGCCUUCUCUCCUCCUCGCCUCGCCCCCUCAGGCUCUGUGGACCACCUUGUGGAAGGUCUCCUCGGUGGCCUGUCUCGCUGGGACGCCGAACACUUCCUGUUCAUUGCCGAGCAUGGCUAUCUGUACGAGCACAACUUUGCCUUCUUCCCUGGCUUCCCCCUGGCUCUCUUGGUGGGAGCUGAACUACUGAGGCCUCUGCGGGCAUUACUGAACCUACGGAGUUGCCUGUUAAUCUCAGUAGCGUUGUUCAAUUCCUUGUUCUCUGUGCUGGCCGCUGUUGCACUUCACGACCUGGGCUGUCUGGUUUUGCGCUGUCCCCACCAGGCCUUCUAUGGAGCCCUACUGUUCUGCCUCAGCCCCGCCAAUGUCUUUCUGGCAGCUGGUUACUCGGAAGCUUUGUUUGCCCUCUUGACAUUCAGCGCCAUGGGGCAGCUGGAAAGGGGCCGAAGCUGGACUAGUGGACUCCUCUUUGCCCUCGCCACUGGCGUACGCUCCAAUGGGCUGGUCAGCGUUGGCUUCCUCGUGUAUUCUCAGUGCCAAGGCUUUCUGUCCUCUCUCAUGGUGCUGAAUCCUCUGAGACCGCUCUUGAAGCUGAUGGGCUCUGUGUUCCUAUCUCUGUUCAUGCUUGGCCUUCCCUUUGCCCUCUUUCAGUAUUAUGCCUAUACCCAGUUCUGUCUGUCAAGCUCAGCCCGCCCCAUCCCUAAGCCCUUGCUGCAGUUAGCUGCGGACAAGGGCUACCGGAUUGUGGAAGGAAAUGAGCCACCUUGGUGCUCCUGGGAACUUCCCCUCAUAUAUAGCUAUAUCCAGGAUAUCUACUGGAAUGUUGGCUUUUUGAGAUACUAUGAGCUCAAGCAGGUGCCCAACUUCCUACUGGCCGUGCCAGUGGCUAUACUGGUUGCCUGGGCAACAUGGACAUAUGUGACUACCCACCCUUGGCUCUGCCUUACACUUGGGAUGCAAAGGAGCAAGAACAGUAAGACCCUGGAGAAACCUGACCCUGGAUUCCUCGGCCCUCGGGUGUUUGUGUACCUGGUCCACGCUGUGGCGCUGUUGCUGUUUGGUGGUCUGUGCAUGCAUGUUCAGGUUCUUACCAGGUUUCUGGGUUCCUCCACUCCUGUUGUAUACUGGUUUCCAGCUUAUUUGCUUCAGAAUCAUGAGCCACUGCUGAGAUCCCUAGAGACUGUGCCUUGGAAGCCUCUUGCAGGGGACUCCCUACCAGGACAAAAGGUACCCAGAAAUUCUAUCAUGGGACUUUUAUACAACUGGAAAACCUGUUCUCUAGUCACACGAUGCAUUCUGGGCUACUUCCUGUCUUACUGGCUCCUGGGACUGCUCCUGCAUUGCAACUUCCUACCUUGGACUUGACCUGGAGUCUCAGGGGUCUGGAAGUACAGGUACACACUGGGACUCUGUUGCCCUGGGACCCAUGCUCUGUCCUUUAGGAACCUCCAGUCUCUCUGAAGGUUGGUCAGGAAUGGAAGAAGUGUGAGCCACUGGAGAGCCAUCUGGUCCUGCCUAUGGCAAAUUUUAGAGUAGUACCUAUUUUCUCUGUAAGUGAAGAAAUCUUACUCACCAAGUCAAAAGUACACUUGCAUUUGUCUCGUCAACCAAGCAUAGCAGAGAUAGUUGUAAACUUACCACUGACCCACAUGUAAAUUUAAAUGUAAAGUAUUUAAAUGUCACUUUCGUCAAAGGCUCUAGCUGACAGGCUGGUAAUAGUCCACACAUGAUGGUGGAGGCCUGAACAGUGUACUGGUAGUAAUAAGUAGGACCAUCUUUUUUAAAUGGGACAUUGUUUCUGAUUAUUUUCAUGAUUUGUUCAUUUAUUUAUAUGAAAAAUCUUACAAAUAUAUGCAAAUUAAACAACUUUUGGUUAUGCAUGCAA